GUGCACUUCAGAAACAUGAACAUACGCAGGAAAGACAGCUUCCUCUGGGGGAGAGCUCCACCUAAACCCCCGCCGGGAGAGAGCAGCGUGCACACUAACAGGUGUGGGCUGCCCGAUGACUCUCAGAUGAAUCACAACAUGCCAGAGAUCCUCCAGCCGCACCUGAAGGAGCAGAAGAACAGGAGGUUUUUAAGAGGGAAAAAGAAGUUCAACAUGGAUCCCAAAAAAGGGGUCCAGUACCUGAUUGAAAAUGGACUGCUGGAGUGGCGAGCAGAGCCGUUUGCUGAAUUUCUUUACAAGGAGGAGGGACUGAACAAGACCGCCAUCGGGAACUUCCUGGGAGAACGAGAGGAGAUGCAUUUGGAGAUCCUGAAAUCGUUUGUUGGUCUGCACGAGUUCUCAGACCUUAAUCUUGUGCAGGCGCUCAGGCAGUUUCUGUGGAGCUUCCGUCUGCCGGGUGAAGCUCAAAAGAUUGACAGGAUGAUGGAGGCGUUCGCAGCUCGUUACUGUGAAUGCAACCCCGGAGUUUUCAUAUCCACAGACACAUGCUACAUCCUGUCCUUCUCCAUCAUCAUGCUAAACACGAGUCUCCACAACCCGAACGUGAAGGAGAAGCCGAGCCUGCAGAGAUUCGUCUCCAUGAACAGAGCGAUCAACAGCGGGGAGGACCUGCCCACCGAGCUGCUCACGAAACUGUACUCGAGCAUCCGCAGCGAGCCGUUCAAAAUCCCCGAGGAUGAUGGGAACGACCUCACACUGACGUUUUUCAACCCGGACAGAGAAGGAUGGCUUCUGAAAAAUGGUGAGAAGAAGAGCAAAAAAAAACACACACGUCAAGAGUUUUCUGCAGACCAGCCUGAGCCUGUUUCUCCUCUAAAAAGUUUGACUUUCUGUGUUGAAGGAGGCCGAGUGAAAACCUGGAAGAGGAGGUGGUUCAUUCUGACUGACAGCUGCCUCUACUACUUUCAGUACACCACAGAUAAAGACCCGAUCGGGAUCAUUCCUCUGGAGAACCUGAGUGUGAGGAAGCUGCAGGACACCAGCAAACCUUAUUGUCUGGAGUUGUAUAACCCCAAGGGACUGAAGAUAAAAGCCUGUAAGACGGAGAACAGGGGCCGAGUGGUUCAAGGGAAACAUCAGUCGUAUAAGCUGAGUGCAGCCAGUGAAGAAGAACGAGACGUCUGGAUGGACGCCAUCAGGUCGAGUAUCACAAAGGACCCUUUCUAUGACCUGGUGGCUCUGCGGAAGAGAAAGCUCAUAAACAACUCGCCGUCGAAGGACUGAAACUCAAACUACUGCAGAGUCUGGAUCCUGGAGGGAAACUGUGGGUCCUUAAUGAAUCCUGUGGAUUUACGACGAGUGUUAGGAGAUCUGGAAGGAGAUGUCUCCAGCGCAGCCCCUAAAAGCCACACACAAGAAACACAUCAGAGACUAAUAUAUAUUAUUUUCAUACAUUCAGACACACUCACACGUGACCCAAAGUGUUGACAGAAAUGUUCAAAUUAGGAAACCGGUUUGACACUGUAAAAAGAAAUAAAGGAGAACUAGUUCAAGCCUCAGUUGACUUCUGCAAACUGCACGCUCUGCUGCUCCGUCUUCAGGGGGCCGACUAUCUACUGACACAGAGACCUGCUACUUUAUACCUGCUGCUGGGAGAAGUCCGGUUCACCCAGCAACAAGGGGAAGAAAGAGAAAGUUACGACGAUGGACUGAAGGACGAGCCCACUCACUAAACUGCAUGAAGUGACCGCUAACACCUCCUGACCUUGUUGGGAGGUUGCUGCCGAUACAAUCACACUUUGUCCACAAACUGACACAAAAAGACCACACAGAGAGACACGCCGUGACCACACAGACGUGCAAAAAAGAAUCGAAAACGAGACGAGACAACCGAAACAAAGAAUGGAAGCUGGCGUGCUCGCUGUGUGUCGGGUCACUUGGUAAUACAGGGUGCGAUGUUUGUGGGGACAAAUCGCGACAGUGGACCAGCUUACCUCGGCGUGGUAGGGUAGAGUGUAGUCUCUGAAGCGGUCACAGGUACACUUGUGUGGGAGAGGUUAAAGUGGAAAGGAGAGAAAAGAGGGACUUUUCAGACAAGGGUUAGAAACUGCGUUGAAAUGCAAAAGAUGGAAGGGAUGCAGAAAAUGACCACCAAGAGGUUUUUUUUAAGAUUUACAACGAUACGCUGAAUAAAAACAGACACACGUUCAAAAUUACGACAGAUAUACAAAAUGAGCGCAACACAAAGACGCGAAACCACCAGCAACAAGAGCACAGAAACAUUGAGAGGGAAGCAAAAAGAAAGAUGGCCACAAAGAGACUCUUCAUGUCAAACCAUGUGUCCGUGGUUUGUCUCUGUUUCUGUUUCUUGGUCUUUCUCUAUCUGGACGUUGAGAAUCUUUGAUAUUUCUGUGUAAAGUCGCCUGUCGUCUCUCAGUGUGUCCAAGGCUAGUGGACUUAUAAAUAGCAGCCAUUGUAGAGGUGGAGAAUAUAAAAGCAUUUCAUGCAACUGUAAAAAAUGUAAAGUCAAAUCUUGGCUGUUGGAUCAGACGAGAUUGCAGCAUGCACUCUUUUUUCAUGGGAGAUUUAAAUGAAAAAAUACAAAAUAAAUGUACUAAAUUCUUUUUAAGGCUGUUUUAUUUUGAAGUUCAGGCUAACAGGAAGCUGUCAGCAUUGUGCUUACUUCACUUACACUUUAAAUUAUGUUAAACUACUCCUUUGUUACAGAUGAAUUGUACAUAAGAGUGAACUGUAAAUAAAGUUUAAAAGAGACCGAGUCGACUUGUCUUAAUGUAAAUUAGUCAUCGAGCAUUAAUGCAGUUUAAGUGCUUUAUUUUAUUCCUGUCUGUUUAAUUAAAUGACUUUAUAUUAAUGGAAGAUUCAAACUAACUGUUGUGCAAUAAACCGGUUUAUUCUGCA